AUGUCGAGCUCGGCCGGCAGGCAGCAGCAGCCCCAGACUGGGACUACAGGAGGUGCCACACCCACGCAGUCACAGCAGACUGAUUGGAGGUCACUUGCGGACGCCGCUGCAAAUACACCCAACCCUCUGUACGUUUCCAGGGCAGGAUUGCACAGACUCCCGGGUUUCGUGGGACCACCUGGCCCUCCGGGAGAAAUGGGACCAAUAGGACCUGCUGGUCCUCCUGGAGAAAAGGGGCCCAUGUGCAUGGGGCCGGCUGGCCCUGGGUCUAUCGGGCCUCCUGGUCCUCCCGGUAAAAAGGGGGCCAUGGGACCCGCUGGCCCUCCUGGACAAAAGGGGGCCAUGUGCAUGGGGCCGGUCGGCCCUGGGUCUAUCGGGCCUCCUGGUCCUCCUGGGGAAAAGGUGGCCAUGGGGCCCACUUGCCCUCCGGGACAAAAGGGGGCCAUGUGCAUGGGGUCGGCUGGCCCUGGGCCUAUCGGGCCUCCUGGCGCUUUUGGAGAAAAAGGAGCCACGGGGCCCGCUGUAAAAAGCAGAGUGAAUUCUGAAGAUAUUUUCAAGCUGAGCAGGAAGACAGAACUGCGUCUAGCCGAGCUAACCCGAUCGAACAAACUUCCGGGUUUCGUGGGACCACCUGGCCCUCCGGGAGAAAUGGGACCAAUAGGGCCCGCUGGUCCUCCUGGAGAAAAGGGGCCCAUGUGCAUGGGGACGGCUGGUCCUGGGUCUAUCGGGCCUCCUGGCGCUUUUGGAGAAAAAGGAGCCACGGGGCCCGCUGGCCCUCCUGGACAAAAGGGGCCCACAGGACCAAUCGCAGACCUGAAUGAAUGUACCAGGAACCCAUGGUGGAGUGGAUAUGAGAACCACUGCUACAAGUUGAUGAAAGGCAAAGUCAAAUGGGGAAAAGCAAAGGAACGGUGUGAACAACUCGGUGCGAAUCUGGCUUCUGUCACAAGCCGUGACGAGGCCAACUUCAUCAACACUAUCAUCACUGACGGUGGGUAA